AUGAAGCUGUACUCGUCCGGUCCGGCCACCGUGCAGAUGGUGUCGACCAACUCGUCGCCGCCGAUGGCGUACCCGGUGCAGGUGCCGCCCGGCCACAUGAUGCAGCAGGUGGUGGACGGCAUGGGCACGCUCCGGCACGUCAUCCUGUCGCCCGAGCCGCGCGCCAUGCAGCCGAUGCCUCCUUACAACACGAGCCAGCCGCCGCCGCCGUUCUACCCGCCGCCGCCUCAGGGGUUCGCGCCGCCCUACCCGCCGCACGCCAUGUACGGCCCGGCGCAACAGCCGACGCCGGUCAUGCCGGCCGGCACGCCCAUGUCGCAAGGGCCGUCCCCGCCGCCGCCGGUGCCGCACUACAGCAAGGACCAGCGCUCGCAGAAACGCAUGCAACGCAUGCGGCGCAAGCUGAACGAGCGCCAGCGCCAGCCGGCGAGCGGCGCGCGAACCUCACCCUCGCAGUCGCCGUCGCCCGCCGACCAUAAGAACGGCGUGGGCGUGCGACCGGCGGCGUCCGAGCCCGAGGAGAACGGCGAGCCGAGCGGCGGCAGCACCAGCUCCGUCUGCAGCCAGCAGGAGGAGGAGGACCGCGCCGUGGUCGAGUUCCUCUCCAAGCUGAGGCCGCCCCAGGUGUCGGAGGUGGCUUGCAGCAGCGCGCUGGUCAGCUGGGCGCACCCGGACGUCACCGUCGACCACCUGAGCAUCCCGCCCGACCAGCUGAGCUACGAGCUGUCGCUGGCCGAGCUGCGGCCCGGCGGCUCGGGCGCCGCGCCGCCGCCGCUCACCGCCUACCGAUGCGUGUUCGCCGACAAGGCCGUCUCCACCGAGCUGAGCAAGCUCCGGCCGGGCACCACCUAUUACCUGAUCUUGCAGGGCAGCCUGGCCGGCCUGCAGGGCAGCCGCUGCACCCCGGUCAGCUUCACCACCCUGGCCACGGCGCCCAACCAGCCGCUGCCGCCCACGCUGCAGAACAAAACCAAAACUAGUCUUCACGUCAGGUGGUCAGCACCCCACGACAACGGCGCCCGCGUUACCCAGUACGUGCUGGAGUGUGACGACGGCGCCGGCUUCAGCGAAGUCUUCCGCGGCCGUAGCAAGCAGAACAACAUCACCCACCUGCAGGCGGCCACCUCCUACCGGCUGCGCGUCAGCGCCGUCAACGAGAUUGGCCAGAGCGCCUUCUCCGAGCCGGUGUCGCUGCAGACGUCGGGCUCGGCGCCGCCGCCGCCGGCGCCGCCGCAGCUGCUGGACGCCACGGCCACGGCGCUGGCGCUGAGCUGGCAGCGCCGGCCGUCCGACGACUCGUUCUGCGUGCAGAUGGAGGAGCAGGGCUCCGACUACGGCUUCCUGGCGCUGUACAGCGGCCCCGACACCAGCCACCAAGCCACCGGGCUGCGCCGCAACACCAAGUACCACUUCAGGCUGCGCGCCGUGAACGAGGAGGGCGCGUCGCCAUGGUCGGAGCCGGUCAGCUACCGGACGCAGUGCGUGGCGCCGCAGCCGCCGGCCAAGCCUCAGGUGCGCGGCCGCAUCCACGCGCACCACUUCCGGCUACGCUGGGAGCCGCCGCAGGACACGGGCGGCGCCGCCGUCACCGGCUACCGGCUGCAGCUGGAGCGCGGCGCCGGCUGGCAGGAGAUCUACAGCGGCGCCGAGCAGGAGCACACGGUCGACGGCCUCGAGCCGGGCACCACAUACCAGCUGCAGGUGCGCUGCGUGGGCGAGGGCGGCGUGAGCGGUCCGUCGGAGCCGGCCACGGUCACCACCGAGCCCGUCUGCCCCGGCCGCUGCGCCGCGCCCCGUCUGCACGGCAAGCCGCGCGCCACCUCCUGCCACGUCAAGUGGGGUUGCCCGGAGUUCUCGGGCGGCUCGCUCGGCUCGCUGGUGACGCGGUUCGAGCUGGACCUGACGCUGCCGGACACCAGCUCCAGUCGCGUGUACAGCGGCCAGGACACCGAGUGCACAGUCUCCUGCCUACUGCCCGGCCGGCCCUACCUGCUCCAGGUACGCGCCGUGAACCGGGUGGGCGCCGGCGAGUGGUCGGAGCCACUGCGGAUGGUGAGCGGCGCCGGGCCGCCGGACGCGCCGGCGCCGCCCGACGUCACGGCCCGCUCGCCGCACGCGCUGCUCGUGCGCUGGCGCGAGCCGGCCACCAACGGCGCCGCCGUCACCGAGUACCGGCUGGAGUCGGCCGCGCUCUCGCCGGCCGGCCAACCGCUCCAGCUGGCGUACGCCGGCACGGCGACGCAGCACGAGGUGCGCGGCCUGAUGCCGGCCACCGCCUACCGGUUCCGCGUGUCGGCGACGAACGCGGCCGGCGCCGGGCCGCCGUCGGAGCCGGCGCUAGCCGUGACGCCGGCCGCCUCGCCGGCGGCGGUCGGCGCCGUCGAGGCCGAGCCGUCGGCCACCAGCCUGGCUCUGAGCUGGACGGCGCCGGCCGACCACGGUGCCGAGGUGCUGCACUACACGGUGGAGGUGGCCGACCGGCUGUGCAGCACGCCCGGGCCGCAGACGCACCUGACGGUCGACCAGCUGGCGCCGGACACGGUCUACAGGAUACGCGUGCAGGCGGUGAACAACGUGGGGACCGGGUCCGUUCAGCGGCGUGCACAAGUGGAGCACGCUGAGCCUGCCGCCGCCGCCGCCGCCGCUCGAGGUUCACGCACACGGCGCACAACUUCGUCCGGCUGCGCUGGGGCGACGCCAAACAGCAGACGGAUCGCAUCGUUUACUCGCUCGAGUGCGAGGCCAAGAACGGAGAGUUUUACGUGGUGUAUGAGGGCAGCGGCACGCAGUUCAAGAUGUCGCGGCUGGCCGAGGACACCGAGUACCGGCUGCGCAUCUGCGCGGCCAACGAGGCCGGCGACGGCCCCUACUCGCACGUGGUCAGCACGCGCACCACCCGCCAGCCGCUGCCCAGCGUCCGCGGCCUGCGGGUGGGCGAGCGCACCGAGCGCACCUGCGUGCUGGAGUGGCUGCCGGCCAAGCCGACCUCGGGCCAGCCAGCCGACCGGCUCACCUACCAGCUGCAGCUGCUGGCACUCAGCCGUGACCCGGAGUUCCGCACGGUGUACUCUGGUCCCGAGGUGACGUACCGGCUGACGGGUCUGGAGCCGCAGCACGACUACCAGGCGCGCGUGUGCUGCCUGACGGCCGGCGGCGCGCACGGCCCGUUCACGGCCGCGCAGCGCUUCAGCACGCCGGCCGGGCCGCCGCCGCCGGCCG